AUUGUCACUUGCUGCAAGCCAAUCAGUACUAAAAUUCUGCUUUCGAGUCUCUGUUUCUUUAACGCCAUCAUACCGCCAAAGGAACCAGCGAGCAAGAGAGAGGGCGCUAGGGAUUUUUCUUUUUAAAUUUAUUUUUCUCAUUCUGUUUGAGAGCCAUCAAUGGCGUCCGUGUACAUUCCGGUGCAGAACUCGGAGGAGGAGGUGAGGGUGGCUCUGGAUCAGCUCCCUAGGGACGCCUCUGAUAUCCUUGAUAUCCUCAAAGCCGAGCAAGCUCCUCUUGAUCUUUGGCUUAUCAUCGCGAGGGAGUACUUUAAACAAGGGAAACUUGAUCAAUUCCGCCAGAUAUUGGAGGAAGGAUCCAGUCAUGAAAUUGAUGAAUAUUAUGCUGAUGUUAGAUACGAGAGGAUUGCCAUCCUAAAUGCUUUAGGGGCUUAUUAUAGCUAUCUUGGGAAAAUCGAGACAAAACAGAGAGAAAAGGAGGAAUAUUUUAUACAGGCCACCAAAUACUACAAUAAAGCUUCAAGGAUUGACAUGCACGAACCUUCUACAUGGGUUGGGAAAGGUCAGCUGUUACUGGCCAAGGGUGAGUUAGAACAGGCAUCUAAUGCAUUUAAGAUCGUUCUGGAGGGAGACCGUGAUAAUGUAUCUGCUCUUUUGGGUCAGGCAUGCGUCGAGUACAACCGUGGUCAUUACAGUGAUUCUUUGGUAUCGUACAAGAGGGCUUUGCAAGUGUAUCCUAAUUGUCCUGGAGCUGUUAGGCUGGGUAUAGGUCACUGCUACUAUAAAAUGGGCAAUUUUAAAAAAGCAUCGCAAGCAUUUGAACGGGUUUUGCAGUUAGAUCCAGAAAAUGUUGAAGCUCUUGUAGCCCUUGCAAUUUUGGAUUUGCAAACAAAUGAAGCUGCUGGAAUAAGGAGAGGGGUGGAAAAAAUGCAGAAGGCGUUUGAGAUAUACCCCUACUGUGCAAUGGCACUGAAUUAUCUAGCAAAUCACUUUUUCUUCACUGGUCAGCACUUUUUAGUUGAGCAACUGACUGAAACUGCACUUGCCGUGACCAAUCAUGGACCAACAAAGUCACACUCUUACUACAAUUUAGCACGCUCUUACCAUAGCAAGGGGGACUAUGAAACAGCUUCUAGGUACUACUGGGCAUCUGUGAAGGAAAUCAAUAAGCCCAGUGAAUUUGUGUUUCCAUAUUAUGGAUUGGGGCAAGUACAACUGAAGUUGGGAGAUAUUAAAAAUGCACUAUCAAAUUUUGAAAAGGUUUUGGAGGUCUACCCUGAUAAUUGUGAGACAUUGAAAGUUCUUGGUCAUAUUUAUGUUCAGCUUGGGCAGACUGAGAAAUCUCUAGAACUUUUGAGGAAGGCUACAAAAAUUGAUCCACGUGAUGCACAGGCGUUUCUCGACCUGGGUGAAUUGUUAAUUUCAUCUGAUGCAGGAGCUGCUCUUGAUGCCUUCAAAACUGCAUACAGUCUUCUGAAAAAGGGAGGUCAAGAAGUGCCAAUAGAAGUGCUUAAUAAUAUUGGAGUUAUUUAUUUUGAAAGAGAGGAACUUAAGCUUGCUCUGGAAACUUUCAAGGAGGCUCUAGGUGAUGGAAUAUGGCGUGCUUUCCUUGAUAGUCAAGCAAAGACAUAUACAGUUGAUGCAGCUGCAUCUAUUCUCCAAUACAAAGACAUGCAAUUAUUUCAUCGAUUGGAGGAAGAUGGCUUUGUUGUAGAGCUACCUUGGGAUAAAGUCACAGCAUUAUUUAAUUUGGCCAGAUUACUUGAGCAGAUGCAUAACACAGAAACUGCAAGUGUGUUAUACCGUCUCAUAUUGUUUAAGUAUCCAGACUAUGUGGAUGCUUAUUUGAGGCUGGCUGCCAUUGCAAAAGCUCGAAAUAAUCUUCAAUUAAGCAUUGAACUGGUUAAUGAGGCUCUGAAGGUGAAUGACAAGUGUCCGAAUGCGUUAUCAAUGCUUGGUGAUUUGGAGCUGAAAAAUGAUGAGUGGGUUAAGGCGAAAGAAACCUUUCGGGCUGCCAGUGAAGCAACUGAUGGGAAGGAUUCUUAUGCUAUUCUCUCUCUGGGAAACUGGAACUACUUUGCUGCAAUACGGAAUGAGAAAAGAAAUCCUAAGUUGGAGGCUACCCAUUUGGAGAAAGCCAAGGAACUAUACACCAGAGUCCUAGUUCAGCAUACAGCUAAUUUGUAUGCUGCCAAUGGUGCUGGAGUAGUCUUGGCAGAAAAAGGACAUUUUGAUGUAUCAAAAGAUCUUUUUACACAGGUCCAGGAGGCUGCAAGUGGAAGCAUUUUUGUCCAGAUGCCAGAUGUGUGGAUAAAUUUGGCACAUGUUUAUUUUGCUCAAGGCAAUUUUGCAUUAGCUGUGAAGAUGUAUCAAAAUUGUCUGCGCAAGUUCUAUUAUAAUACGGACUCUCAAAUUCUCCUCUAUUUGGCCCGUACACAUUAUGAAGCUGAACAGUGGCAGGACUGCAAGAAAACUUUACUAAGAGCUAUCCACUUGGCACCUUCAAAUUACAUACUAAGGUUUGAUGCAGGAGUUGCAAUGCAAAAAUUCUCAGCAUCUACACUACAAAAGACGAAGAGAACAGUAGACGAGGUGCGCUCAACAGUUGAUGAGCUGGAAAAUGCUGUUCGUUUAUUCAGUCAGUUAUCUGCUUCUUCCAACCUUCACUUUCAUGGGUUUGAUGAGAAGAAAAUCAACACCCAUGUUGAGUAUUGUAAGCAUUUACUCGAUGCUGCAAAAGUUCAUCGUGAAGCAGCUGAGCGUGAGGAGCAGCAGAACCGGCAGAGACAGGAAGUGGCUCGUCAGAUGGCAUUGGCCGAGGAAGCCCGUCGUAAAGCAGAAGAACAAAGGAAAUUUCAGUUAGAGAGGAGGAAGCAGGAAGAUGAAGCAAAACGGGUGCGGCAACAAGAGGAGCAUUUUGAGCGUGUAAAGGAGCAAUGGAAGAGUAGUACACCUGCUUCUAAGAGGAGGGAUAGGUCUGAAAUAGAUGAUGAUGAGGGUGGGCAUAGUGAGAAGAGAAGGAGAAAAGGUGGAAAGAAGAGAAGGAAGGAUAAGAGUUCGAAGUCACACUAUGAAAUGGAAGAAAAUGAAGCUGACAUGAUGGAUGAUCAUGAAGAACUGGAAGAUGAAGAUGCCAAUAUUAAUUACAGGGAACACAGAAGCCAAGGGAAUGAUUAUGAUGAAAAUGCAGAAGAAAAUGCUCAGGAACUUCUUGCAGCAGCUGGGCUUGAAGAUUCUGAUGCGGAGGAUGAAGCAAAGCCUGCGCCUUCAUCAACAAGUAGGAGGAGGCGGGCAUGGUCAGAAUCUGAUGAUGAUGAGGCAUUGGAGAGGAAACCACAGUCCAGUCCUGUCCGAGAAAAUUCUGCUGAGCUGCAAGAGAGCGAUGGAGAAAUCAGAGAGGAUGUUGACAAGCAACAUGGUGAUGCUGCUAUGGACGAUGAAGAUUGAUGUCAGAGAUUUUCAACUGUAGCAUUAGGAACAAACUAACAUGUGAAUGCUUUGAGAAAGGCCAUUGCCUUCUACACUAGGGAGAUAUUUUUUAUAUGGUGUGCUAAUGUAAUUAAGGUUAAUAGAAAGGUAACUCUGCCAUUCCUUUUUAUUUCUUGAUUAUCACAGAAAUAUUAAAAUUUGGGCA